AUGGCCCAACCUCAUGAAUCCAGUAUGUCAGAGCAACAAUGCCUUCCUAUUUCAUGUCUUCUCUCGGAAACUAAUGUGACAGGGGGCCAAUUUCAUUUCAUAUCUAUUGAAAAUCCAGGUCAUAUGAAGGCUCAAAGAACAACCCGGCAGGCCCGAUCGCAUGCUGUUGCACAUGGCCUGGAGAAAAAGCGAAAGCUGGAACGAAGCUCAGGCCAGAAUUUCCGUCCGGCGAAGAUAAGAAAUGAUCGUAUCCAACCUGAGAACACAAUAAAACAAAGCCAAGCAUUAGUUGAGUCACCAUGUCGGUCAACAUUUCAUUGCGCCGAUGGGCCGGAUCCGUUUCAGAUGCUGGCGGAGGGCUCUCCGAGGUUGCAGGCCUCAUUUAUUUACCACAAGGCUAGGUAUCCUAGAAAACCAGUCUUUGAUAUGGCCGAGGAGCUUGUACUCCAAGGCUUUGGCCCUGUUGUUGCAAACGGGCGAGAUGACCAUGCUCUUCUAAGUGCAGUCAUGCUCACAAUCAUGCUUGCCACCAGCGCUGAUAACAUCGACAAGGUGUUUCUCAAAUAUCAAGUCGAGGCUCUGAGCGCCAUUCGCCAAAGACUUGAUGCUAUAAAUAGAGUAGCCUCGGAAUCGACACUAGGCGCCAUUCUACUCCUCGUGGGAAUUGACGCUCGACUUGGAAUACCGCGCCAAGUCCAACUCCACAUGGGUGCAAUACGAAAAAUACUUGAGCUAUGCCAGUCAAAAGGGGUAUACCUGAGUGAUGGUAUCAAACGUGCCAUUUUCUGGUCGGAUUUGAACGCCUCGGUCAUGACAGGAUCAACUCGUGUCAUUGAUCACACCACCUUUCCAGAACUUCAAUGGAAGAGAGAUGCCUCGUCUUCAGACGUAUUUAUUCUACCUCCUGGAUUCCGGGCUCAAUCCCACUUGCUAGGAACGGAUUUUAUUGAGAUACUCAAGGAUAUAUAUGCAUUGCAAUGUAUCCGAGACUCUCCUAUUCUCGGCAAAGAAGAUGAAAUGCCGAUGGCCUUCAUUGAUAACCACCAGGCAUCAAUUCAAUCUAGGCUAGUCAGCUUACCAGAUGCGUCUGCUCUCACCGAAUGUUGCCAUUUGGCAGCUUACCUAUGUUCCUCAAUGAUACGUUGCAAGAUAUGGCGCUCUUCGACGAUUCCGUCCCACCUUUCAUUGCAGCUCAUCUUAAAACUAGAAGAAGCAAAUGGUGGUCUUUUCUGGAAGGAUAAUCCUGGCUUGAUAGCCUGGCUAUUGCACAUUGGCGGAGCUUUUUCUCCAGCCGGGGCUAUUCGUUCAAGUUACCUAAAGUUGCUGCACUUGAAUCGCAGUACUGUUCUGAAAGAUUUAUAUUCGUCAUGGUCAGAAUUACUCAAGGUCCUUGAACAGUUCAUAUGGUCGGAAAAGGCUUUCUCGUCACAAGUCAAGGCAUUUUGGGAAGAGAGUCUGGUUUAG